GUCAUUGCUGGGGUGAGUUCUGACUUCAUUGUGUUUAGACACGUAAACAACUCCAAACUUGGCUCGAUAAUGGAGCUGGAAGUCUGCCGAACAUCAGCCAUGCUCUGAGAGAUUGUCGGAAGUGAGUCACUGUUGAUAGUUGUGAUGAACGUAGUUUUUGAUGGAUGCAACUUGCUAAUCAGUUUGUGAUGAUCACGUUUUUGUUCGUUCCGACACUAACAUGGAUGAUGAUGAUGAUGUGAUUUGGAGCAAUUGAAACACAGUCAGUGUUUAUUCCGUUCUUUCCCUGUUCCCUUCGAUGCAGCUCAAUAAGGAUAUGACGGGUUGUCAUGACAACAUUCUUACUUGGUUGAGAUUCCCUUCAAACAGAGAGCUAACAAUCAAUAAUUGUACGUACAUAGGUGCAAAAUGCAAGAAAUAAGUCAGACGAUCAUGUCUUCUGAAUUAAAUACGACAAAAUUAUUCCAUUUACUCAUGACACUGAGUGACAGAAAGGGGCAGAGUCUGGAGGCUUCCGAGUCCAGAUGAUCCAAAACCUACAGAGUCUGAGCAGGAGGAGCAGUGAAGGAGCAUCAGAGAAGAAUUUCUGAAGAUCACAGUUCACCUGCUGAGGAACAUGGAGGAGGAGGAUCAGGCCGAGCGCCUGCGGAGUAGGUGUAGACGCCGACUGAAGAGGAGGCUGCAGAAGUUCCUCAGUGUGUCUGAGGGAGUGGCUAAAGCAGGAAACUCCGCCCCUCUGAAUCAGAUCUACACAGAGCUCUACAUCACUGAGGGGGGCACAGACCAGGUCAACCAGGAGCACGAGGUCCGACAGAUCGAAGCAGCAACCAGGAAGCAGAGCAGACCAGAAACUACCAUCAGACAAGAAGACCUCUUUAAAGCCUCAGCUGAGAGAGCCGGACCAUUCAGGAGCCUGCUGACAAAGGGCGUGGCUGGCAUUGGGAAGACCCUCCUGACACAGAAGCUGACUCUGGACUGGGCUGAAGACAAAGCCCACCAGAACUUCCAGCUCAUGUUUCCUUUCACCUUCAGAGAGCUGAACCUGCUGAAAGAGAAGCACUUGAGUUUGGUGGAACUUGUUCAUCACUUCUUUCCUGAAACCAAAGAAUCAGGACUCAGCAGCUUUGAUGGAGUCCAGGUUCUGUUCAUCUUGGACGGUCUGGACGAGUGUCGACUCACUCUGGACUUCGACAGUCGGGUCCUGACAGAAGCUACAGAGUCCACAUCAGUAGACGUCCUGCUGACCAACCUCAUCAAAGGGAACCUUCUUCCCUCAGCUCACCUGUGGAUCACCACACGACCUGCAGCAGCCAAUCAGAUCCCUCCUGAGUGUGUGGACAGGGUGACAGAGGUCAGAGGGUUCACUGACCUCCAGAAGGAGGAGUACUUCAGGAAGAGGUUCAGAGACGAGGAACAGACCACUGUCAUCUCUCACAUCAGGAGCUCACGAAGCCUCUACAUCAUGUGUCACAUCCCCAUCUUCUGCUGGAUCACUGCCACAGUUCUGGAGGACAUGUUGAAGAGCAGAGAGACCAGAGAGCUGCCCAAGACCCUGACUGAGAUGUACAUCCACUUCCUGGUGGUUCAGGCCAAAGUCGAGAAGCUCAAGCACCAUGGAGGAGCUGGGACAGACACAGUUUGGGAUCCUGAGAGCAGGAAGAUGAUUGAGUCUCUAGGAAAACUGGCUUUUGAGCAGCUGCAGAGAGGAAACUUGAUCUUCUAUGAAUCAGACCUUACAGAGUGUGGCAUCGACAUCACAGCUGCUGCAGUUUACUCUGGAGUCUUCACACAGAUCUUCAGAGAGGAGAGAGGACUGCACCAGGACAAGGUCUUCUGCUUCAUCCACCUGAGUCUUCAGGAGUUUCUGGCUGCUCUUCAUGUCCACCUGACCUUUACCAACUCUGGAGUCAACCUGCUGGACCCUCAAGACCCCCCACAGUCUGAGGUCCAACCUGGUCUGGAACAGUUCUACCAGACAGCUGUGGUCCAUACCCUUGAGAGUCCAAACGGACACCUGGACUUGUUCCUGUGCUUCCUCCUGGGUCUUUCACUACAGACCAACCAGACUCCCCUGAGAGGUUUGUUGUCACAGACAGGAAGUAGCUCCUGGAUCAAUGAGGACACAUCUCAGAUAAUAAUGGAGAUGUUAUUUGAGGACGUGUCACCAGAGAGAACCAUCAACCUGUUUCACUGUCUGAAUGAGCUGAAGGACACAUCUCUGGUGGAGAAGGUCCAACAGCAGCUGAGAUCAGGACGUCUCUCCAGAUAUCCAUCUCCUGCUGACUGGUCUGCUGUGGCCUUCAUCUUACUGUCCUCUGAAGAACAUCUGGAUGUGUUUGACAUGGAUAAAUACUCAGCUUCAGGGGAUGCUUUUCUGAGACUGGUGCCUGUGGUUAGAGCUUCAAACAAAGUUCUGCUGAGAAGCUGUGGACUGUCACAGAGAUGUUGUCCACCUCUGUCCUCAGUCCUCAGCUCCCCGUCCUCUCCUCUGACACAACUGGACCUGAGUGGCAACCAGCUGCAGGAUUCAGGAGUGGAGCUUCUGUGUGCUGGACUGGAGAGUCCACACUGUCACCUAGAGACUCUCAGUCUGUCAGGGUGUGGGAUCUCAGAAAGAGGCUGUGCUUCUCUGGCCUCAGCUCUGACCUCUAACCCCUCCCAUCUGAGAGAGUUGGACUUGAGCUUCAACCAUCCAGGAGGAGCAGGACUGGAGCUGCUGUCUGCAGGGCUGGAGAGUUCUGACUGGAGGCUGGAGACUCUCAGGCUGAGACUCUGUGGACUGUCAGAGAGAAGUUGUCUACCUCUGUCCUCAGUCCUCAGCUCUCCGUCCUCUCGUCUGACACAACUGGACCUGAGGGACAACGACCUGCAGGAUUCAGGAGUGAAGCUUCUGUGUGCUGGACUGGAGAGUCCACACUGUCACCUGGAGACUCUAAGUCUGUCAGGGUGUCUGAUCUCAGAGGAAGGAUGUGCUUCUCUGGCGUCAGCUUUGCGCUCCAACCCCUCUCAUCUGAGAGAGCUGGACCUCAGCUACAACCACCCAGGAGGACCAGGACUGGAGCUGCUGUCUGCUGGACUGGAGAGUCCAGACUGGAGGCUGGAGACUCUGAGGGUGGAACAUGGUGGAGAACAGAGGUUAAGACCAGGUCUGCUCAAGUAUGUCUGUCCUCUCACACUGGACCCAGACACAGCACACCGGCGCCUCCUACUGUCCAACAACAACAGGACGGUGAGAAUUGUGACUGAAGAUCAGAACACUGCAGAACAUCCAGCCAGGUUUCACAAGUAUCAUCAGCUGCUGUGUAGAGAAGCUCUGACUGGUCCAUGUUACUGGGAGGUGGAGAGGAGAGGAACAGUUGAUAUUUCAGUGACUUACAGAAGAAACAAAGGAGAAGACGAGUAUUUGUUUGGAUACGACGAUCAGUCCUGGAGUCUGAGCUGUUCUGACUAUAGAGGUUAUUCCGUCUGUUACUAUGGAUCGUUUACAGAGAUCUGGUCCAGCUCUGACUCUCAGAGAGUGGGAGUGUUUGUGGACUGUCCAGCUGGAUCUGUGUCCUUCUACAGCCUCUCUUCUGGUGCUCGGAUCCACCUCCACACCUUCUUCACCUCCUUCACUGGGCCUCUGUACGCUGGGUUUGGACUUGACUGGACCUCUGAGACUUCUUCUGUGACCCUGUGUGACCCGAUCGAGUCUGCUGCUGUGUAGAGUGUGUGUUCCUGGUUUAUCAUUGCUUGUAGGGUCCGUCUUGUCAGACCCCAAAGGUCAAGCCUCAAGUUGAGGAUGAAAACUUUAAAAUAACUGUGUUUCAGUUUGGGCAAGAGUCCUGGUUAAGGUGAGCCAUGUGUUUUGGAUGGUUGUCUUCCUCCUGCAUUUAGGUUUGUCGAUCUGAGUUCACAUGAUGCUGCCUCCUUCCUGAUAGUCUGGAUAUUGACUUCAUUAUUGUUUAUUACCCUCAAGUGAAACAGGGUUUAAUAAUAAAUUAAUUUCCAUCUGUCGUUGCAUGUGUGGACUCCAAUGUUGGUCACUACUAAAUAUGACAUUUCAAAAUCCCAAACUAGAAAAUAAAGAUCAACAUCAGAUUCUAAAAGAAUCAAAGGUAUUGACAAACUCAGCUUGAUCACUGACGUACAGAGAAGCUAUU